AUGCUCCCCUCUGACAGAGAGUCGCUGCUUACCACUGAUGUACCUUGUCCGAGUCCUACAACCACAAGCUACCCUACAUAUAAAUACACGUGUCCGUUACGCUCCAAGUACAAGGAGGGCAGGAAUUUAGUAGUCUGUAUUGAUGGAUCAUCGAACCGGUUUGGACUCAAGAACACCAAUGUCGUCGAGCUCUACAGCCAACUUGUCAAAUCUGAAGACCAACUCACUUAUUACAACAGCGGGGUGGGCACGCACGCACGCCCGUCCUGGCGCUCCCUCUCAUACGUCCAGUAUUGGCUGAGCAGCAAGGUGGAUUUGCUUAUAGCUUGGAAUCUCGAAACCGUGAUACUGGCAGCCUAUCGAUGGAUAUCAGAAAAUUAUGACGAUGGUGAUAGGAUUUAUCUUUUUGGGUUUUCCAGGGGCGCUUACCAGGCCCGAGCAAUUGCUGGAAUGAUACACCGCGUCGGAUUGAUCCUCCCCGGAAACAACGAGCAAAUACCAUUCGCCUUCGAGCUAUACUCGAAAAUAGAUGAAAAGGCCUCAGAGAGAAUACAAUCUCCACGCAAACAUACCUGGGCAAAUGAGCUUGCUGAAACUUUCAAGGGCACGUUCUGCAGAUCGCACGUCCAUAUUCAUUUCAUCGGCGUAUGGGAUACUGUUUCUUCGGUUGGCGUUGGAAGGGGGAAGACGCUACCUUCGACUACUAACGGCAGCCACCAUAUGUGCUAUUUCAGGCAUGCCCUUGCCUUGGAUGAGCGGCGAGUCAAAUUCCUUCCAGAGUAUAUACAUGGUGCAAAUACAGAAGAAUCCCAUUCCGAUCGCAUCAAGGAGGUCUGGUUUGCAGGUAGUCACUCGGACCUUCAAUCAGGCGACAUUCCAUUGCUAUGGAUGCGAAAGGAGGCUGUUGAGGCAGGCUUGAGGAUGAAGCCCACCGAAGUCGUCUGGAAGAUGGAUGACCUGCAGAAGAGGACGUACGAAUCACUAAGGAGCAUGUGGUGGAUGCUCGAAUUCGCUCCUGUCAAGCGGGUUGUUUAUGGCACUCGAGAUAGUCACGCGUUCGGGUACGUACUGUGGACUUUUCGCUGCGCAUCCAUUUCAUUAGAAUCUCCUGAAGGCUACAUCGUGGCGCGCCUCGGGUGA